UGUCUCAAGAAGCACAAAUUAAGUAGUGUCUGGAACUGUAAUAUCCAGAAACUGAAAACUUCUCAAUGGCUUCCAUGCAAUGCCACAAGCCAGUAGAGCAAUCCCACAGUUACACUGAGUCGGUUGUUAUCACUGAGAGGAGAACCACUCAAGCUCAUGUCAAGACCAACAACGAACACUCUUUCACUAACAAAGUGAAAGAGUGGUUCGCGGAUCAUCAUCUUGGCCAGACCAACAACCACCACGGGCAAGCCACUCAGCAUCAAGCUCAUGCUCAUGCUAAUGGCCAUGCCAACGGGCAUGUGCAGCAGCAGCAAUCGAUUUGUGCUGGCUCACACACCGGCACUGCCAAUGCUGCGAAAAAGAAGGAUGGCCAAGGACAUGGCGUGAAUUUCCUAAGUAACAUUGGAGGUCAGAUGAAGAAUAUGACCAAGAGGAGGCACAAAAGGGCCGGCCGCGGCAACAAAGAUGACAGUGGCUCAAGCAGCAGCAGCAGCAGCAGUGAUGAUGAGAGUGACAAGGAAACUUGUGGAAAAAACAAGAAGUGAACCAGCAAUCAAGAAAGCAGGUACCGAAACGGAUCAAAUUGAGGGGAUUGGAGUGUAUUGCUCCGGAAAAAUUAAAUAAGAGAAUGAAGCUCAAGGAUAAUGCAAUCUGAUCCAUGUUACUAUAGUAGUAAUAUGAUAAUUAUAAAAUAGUUUGCUUGAUGUAUCUUCAAAAUAUGUUUCCUAUCUGUACUUGUGUGGUUAUAAAUGUAUGAAUAAAUAAUAUUUAACUAUCUCUAUCUAAACUCAAGCUUGCUUCAUCA